AUGUCCGUACUCAUGGAAGUGUUCAACCACCUUGUUUUACCACCACAGCUUCCUGGCAAACAGGACACCAACAUUGAAAGCACUGGUGGUGCCAUCAUUAUCCGACUCAUUCAUGCUACAUCUACACUGAGCCGACUCGCUAGUCAUGGACAGACACCUCCAUGGUAUGCGAUUCGGCAAUACCUUCGCCGCUGCCAAUGUCUUCAUAUAAAUGGUCAGCUCGAGAAGCGGACACUGAUAUCAACAUUUUGCAACUUCAACGAGGAGCAACCACUUCUGCUACAUAUCGCAGAACAAAACGCCGCGCUUAUCAUUCGGUACAAUUCCAGUGCCCAAAUAGAAGCUGUUGUCUUCGAAGCUUUCGAACUAUCGCCCCCAUCCGCUGAAGUGCUGGCUAGUGAAGGUGCUCUUAUCUGCAAUUUCCCUCAUUGCUCAGCGCAGAUACCAUCCGAUGAGUUUCGAAAGCCGUCGUUCCAGCACGCGCUUGCUGAUUUUCUGGAAAAGGGCAGCAUAGAGCCCUUGAGAUGCUUCCAGCCACUAGUGACAAAAGCGCAAACCCCAGUCGUCGAGUCGCGCGAUACGGCCAGUCCGGGGCUUAUAACUCAUCUUCUUAUACCCCUGCUCGAGUCGAUUGGGUCGCCAGUAGAUGAAGAUGUUACUCGCUUAAGAAAACGUGUUCGUGAUGAUGUAAACAUCGAGGCUGCGGAGCUCCCAUGGCGGAGAUUGCCUCUCUGGAUUGCACUGCGCGUUGGGAUUCAAAGACAACUACAACUCUCGCUAGGGAACAAAGCUGGGAGAGCUCACUACAAGUUUUUGAUCGUCACUGUACUUGUCGAGAUUCUACUCGAAUGCCCCGGAAGACUGGCACCUGAGCUGACAAUCACCCUGCGAGCCAAAAUCUGUCGUCGUCUUGCAAAACUUGAGCAAGAGAAGAAUAGUAUGCCGGAAGUGUACGGCCAACUGUUCAACGCUACUACAGACUUCUUCAAGAAAAGCAUCAUGCAAGCCACGCAGCUAGUGAACUUAGCUUGGGAGAAAUUCAAACGAGAGACGACACGGCCUGUUCCUGUGCUCCCCACACGUGCUGACCAGCAAGCACAAUUCCUGUCUCUUCCCAACAGUAGAUCGUACCUUCAAAGCGUUUUGGAGUCACCUCAUUCACAGAAGAAAACCCCCCGAUCUUUGCAACUUCCAUCGCUACAUGAUACCACGAUUGAGCAAGUUGAGCGGUUCACUGAUAUGUACCAUCGAUUGGCUGAGUUGGAGAGCAACAUCGAAACAAGGGAAGAGCCCAAGUUAAGCAAAGACUUUACGCUUGAAUCGUUUUGCGAAAAACUAUCAGAUGCAAUACUCGGCCUUAUGAACAAUGUUGGGGCAGCGUACGACUCCGAUCCCGAGCAAAUGUCCAUCUUCAUUUUAAGUCUUUUCACACUUUGGGUGAGGCUGGACAAGUACAUCAUCAACAUUUUCCCUAUGAUCCUGGAGUACCAUCCAGUGUUUACUCCUGAACUCUUAGAUACCCUGCAUUUACCAAGAGCCAGCCAUAUUCACAACAGAUGCAAAGGAUGCAAGUAUCAGACAACCAUAUUCGCUGAGCCUAAAAAGAAUUGCUUUGUGGCAAGAUACGUUUCGACUUCGAUAUCGAUGCAACAACUCCAUCAAAGCAUACAACAGGCAUCGGAGGUAUCACGCCAGGCGAAGACAUCAGAGUUGGAGAAGUGGUGGUCUGAUUUUGAUGAACAUUCUUUGGGCAUCUCUGGGGGCACAUGUACUUGCACAUUCAAGCGCGAUGGGACGCGAGACGUGAGGGGAUGUACCAAAUGCUGGCAUUGGCGAGUUCGGAACCGCAUGCAGAUCUAUGCGCACGAGGAUUUCCUUCCUAGCGACCCCAUCAAAUCGGCCGCAGUCAUCUUCGAGUUGAGUAUUCCAAGAUCUUUCGCUGCGUAUCGCAACGCAACGUGGAAGAUUUUGAUGUUGGCUUACCCUAGCAAACCGCAAUCCGGAUCACCCACAAUACUCUUGAGAGACUACGACCCGCUCACAAAAUAUGCGUCGAGACAAUCCACCGGUGUCACUAUUGCAUCGACAUCUAAAUCAUUUCGUGGCACGCAUUACAAAGUUGGUAAGAGGAAAAUGAAGGCAUCCGAAUCCGAUGUUCUUUAUCCCAAUGGAUUAAAUUUCUCGUACUUUGAUACGGUUUCGAAGACCUGGAUCAAGGACUUCGACAGACCAUUGACCUUCCAACAUGAGUGCGGAGUACAUGUACCACCUGGGCUUUGCAGCUUGCUCAUAUCAAGCUCGUCGCACCCUCCCACUGUGAUAACUGGGCCAUCUUCAUAUGAAAUCGUCGCAUCGGAAACGCAAUGUCCAUCUGACAUGUCCUUACAUGAGUUCACGGCUUAUCAACGAUUGCUUUCUGGCAAGACUCGCCGAUGGCUGACGAUGUUGGUCGAACUAGGCGCGUCGAAUGUGAACUUCAGCAGCGAGAGCACAAUGCACAUAUUCAAUCACCUUGCUACUCAAGCUGGACCGGCAAAUGAUAAGCACGAUACAUUCGGCGACAUCCAUGCGGUCUUCAAAGAUAUGUCAUUUUGUGACUGCCUAGCCGCACAAGUAGAAACACGCCUCAACAACAUCACGUCGAACUGGCGUGAGGUUCAUUGCAUGGAGACUAUGGUCACGUUGAUUCUGCGCCUUUGCGACUUGGCGGCCCCCAUGGUGCGAGCGAACGAACUUUUGGUUAAGGCACGUUGUAUCACCUUAGCUUGGAUUACCCGUCUUCGAGCCGAUGUUAGAAAUGCCAAAGAGACUUCUGUCGCGGAAACAGCCGCUAAAUACGCUUUUUGGGCUGCACUUCUCUGCCGCAGGACAUUCUCUAACAUCAUAGAAUCAGAUGCUGUGAUGUCAGAGAAUGAUCUGUCUAUAUUUGUCCAAGCAUCACUGGCUCUUCAAGAAAACCUCCUUGUGGACGUGGCCAAGCUACCACCGAUCCUGAAGAGGAUGUUGAUUCGAGAUACCAAAACAACGCACAAGAUCAAAUCACUCUUACUACAGUCUAUAGAAGCCCGUCCUCAAAGUGUUGGCACGGCGAUCAACACAUCAUGGUCAGAACCGGGGAGUUCAGCAGGGAAAUCCUUUAGUAACUGGCGGCAAGUCUCACCCAUACACGACCGAUGGGUAGUAAGUACUAUGACGUCUUCGACAAAGAAUCCAGCAAACACACAAGUAGUCCACUACAACUUUACAGAAGGUCACUUACUGGUCGAUGGCAAGCCCUUAGGAAGACUUCCACGCGAUUUUCGAGAGUCAGAUGAUGUGAAACAACUCUUUGGUAAUCAGCAUCUCCUCACAUUCCCAUCUGCUGAGUUUGGCAUGUCGUAUGUCCUCGCGUUGCGUAUAAGAAAUCACGAGAUACACUUUGGCUCUCGGAGUGGGCGGGUCAUCAUCCGUGCUUGGAGUCGGGAUGGGCUGCAGGAAUACAUUCCAUCUCGUCUUUUCGUCGGAACCGAGACUGUCGACCUUCCCGAUGGACUCGUCUCCAAUUGUGCGCAUUGGUUAAAUCUAAACACAAGGUGUCUUGAGAUCCGACGCAAGCCUUUCCUGUGGAAGACAAGAGCAAGCGACUGGAAGAUUGAUCUUAUCAAAUGGCAAGCUCAUCGAAGCAAUCGAACGUUACUAAUCGACCCUAAUUCCUCCCUCUCCAAGCAAGUUGCCGACGUCUUUCGCGGUUUUGAAGAUCCACACAAGAUUACCAUUUUUCAGCCUAUCAAUUCAAGGGGAAAGCUAUCUGUGGAACUACGCCAUUUGGAACUGUCAUUCUUCGUGAACCAAAAGGGGCUUCUCCAAUGUCGAGAGCUGAACGAAGAGAUCGAUCCCAAUCAAGAUGCUGGCACACUGUACGGUUUCGAGAGUAAGAUUGUACUGCGUGACGUCGCAAACAAUAAACGCCGCAGCAUAAUAGCACCAUGUGGACCAAUGUCUGUUACACGCCGUGGGAUGCACGUGGCCGUUCGAGCAGCUACUAGCACUGAUUAUGCAAAAUUCGGAAUUGACGAUGUACUUGGACGCUUGUCGUGCCCUCCUGAGCCGCGACUUUUAUACUCAAAAGCUCAAUUUCAUGCGUAUACAUCAUUCGUCAUACCUGAUCCUUUGACUGGCCGCACAGGCACCGAAGAAGCAUUACACAUGCUCCAAUCGGGUCAUUGCCAACCAUGGGAACCGUUGGGUGGAGGAUCACUCAAUGUUCUCAAAUCAAUUUCAGACCUUAGUCCAAAGCGGAAAUACUAUCCGCAAGACAAGAAAGCACUGCAAAAUGUGUCCUGGAAUGCCAGACUUACCAUGGCCAUCCAACAUGAUGCCUAUGAAGGGCUUGUGCAGAAGAUACUCGACAAGUCGGACCAUCUUCAGGUCUUUGCUCAAAAUGCAGUGGACGGUGUUAACAUUGGCGCAUACGUCCCGUCUCACCUUAGGGAACGGGGCCUUGCGCAGCGCCGCAUCUUUGAGCGCAAUGUCGACGAUACAACUCGGACAGCAGCUAAUGAUCGGAUGUACAAAUCUCGUGGCCAGCAAGCCAAUUCGGUACAAGCACGCAAAGUUUACCACAUAACAAACCUUUUCCAGAAGAAACCCUUUCAAGUCCACACGGAUCGAGAGCUUUCUACAAUAUUGCAGGAUUGGCAGCUCAUCGGUGGGUUUCAUGGGAUACGUCAGCUCGACGCUGCGAGCCUGAGCGACCUGGUUGAGAAGAGCAUCGAUGAACAAUGGGGCAGUCUUGUGAACAUCUGUCGCCAUUCCAGUCUCGAAGAACCCUACAGUUUGAUGUUUCGCCUAAGUCUCAUGUCGCUUAACCCCACAACUGACCUAGACACCAUCAAGAUCCUGGCAGCGUUUGCGUCUCUGCCGACGUUGAGAGACUUAAUACCUCCAUGCUGUCCCUCAUUCAACCAGUUUAGGCUUAACGAAGUGCCCAGCGUACAAUCCAUCUUCCAUGUAAUCUCUGUCGAUUUACCGGAGAAGCGUCAGCGGAUGCAGACAAGGGUUGAAGCAGAACAUCGAAAGACAUGUGAAGCUGAGGGGAAACGAUUAGCGCAACACUUCCUCAGUCAAUGGCCACAUCGAAAAGUUGCUCUGGACGGGUUCGAUUCGGAUGUCCUUGAUGUAGGGCUCGCAAUGGAGCGUGUCGUCCCUGAGUGGGAGCGCUUGCACUCAAACUCAUCCCUUUCAGAGUACAUAGUUCAUGUGCAGAAUGAAUUGCGAUGUCACAAGGGACAGAUUGAUACGUCACGUCCAAAAUCUUGGGAUUGGGAGCAAGAACCAUUCUAUGGAAAAACACAUGAUCCUGUUAUACCGUCGGUCUCGAGGGAUCUUCUUAGUAAAUCGUUAGCAUUACCUUUCGGACGCCAGGCGUGCGAGCUACCACUGCCCAGUGACGCUACACUUUCUACCAGUACGAAGCAGAACACGAUAGCAAGAAUGUCAAGCAAGGAGACCGUCGAACUACGGCAGAUUCUUUCCGAUUUUGCGCAAGUAUCAAGUCCUCUCCGCCAGCAGUAUGGACUUGAUUUGAAGAUGAGCCUCAACGCCCUGGAGAAAACCAGUAAUCAGACUCACGUUUCGCAUACCACCCCGAAUAUCACAGCCAACGCACAAUGCAUCGAAGAUCUUAGAACUACGGUAACUACUCACUUGUGUCAGAUCCACAAGGCUUUAUCUGAGAAUGACGACCGCUUCCCAUGGCUAAACCUUGGAAACCUCUGGCCUUGCAUGACUUCGAUCGCGCUUUUAGAGCAACUGCGCUCGAGCUCUUCUUGCAGGUUUGGGGAUUUGACAAAAGAGACAAUCGUGUCACAUGGUAUUUUCAUCACAAAGUUGCAGCGACUAAUGCGGAUUCACAAUGCGCUUUAUCAUGGCAAAGUGAAGAGCCUACAAGAAGAACUUGGAAACUUCGGCCAUGAGAACUGGAGUCCACUAGAAUGGCCUGACUGGCUUCUCUUAGAGAUUGAUAGUGAUAUUCUGAUCCGGCAUGAGCAGAUUGACGUUGCGCAUGCAAUUAUUGCGCCAGAAUCGAGGGUCAACACGGUGUUGCAGUUGAAUAUGGGUAAAGGCAAGACAUCGUGUAUUGUUCCCAUGGCAAUGGCCGUGAUAGGAGACGGCAGACAGCUCUCGCGUCUCAUUGUACCAAAGCCGUUACUUUUGCCAACUGCGCAAAUGAUUCAGUCGCGACUGGGCGGCUUAGUAGGUCGCGAGAUACGACACGUUCCUUUCUCCCGCAGGACCAAUACUAGCCCGCAAACGCUUCAGCUCUACAGAGACCUCCAUCGGGAAAUGUUAGAGACUCGAGGCGUUGUGUUGAUCGCACCUGAACACCUUCUCUCCUACAGGCUUAGUGGCCUUCGACAUCUUUCCAGCUCCAACUUAGAGACUGCACGCGAGAUGGUUGAGUUCCAGGCAUACCUCAGCUCGGUUUGUCGGGACAUCCUAGACGAAUCGGAUGUUUCAUUGGCAGUAAAGACGCAACUCAUCUAUCCGAGCGGCAAGCAGACUUCAGUGGAUGGACACCCAUACCGCUGGAAAGUGGCGCAAUCGCUGCUAUCACUCGUGAAAGAUCGUCUUCCAGAGCUUGAGCGGGAAUUUCCGCGCAAAAUCGAAGUCCUAAAGCGUGGUCAGGGUUAUCCGAUGAUAUACAUCCUUCAAGCAGAUGUAGAGGAGUACCUGCACCAAAGCAUUGUCGAUGAGAUCUGUACUGGAAGGACAUUAUUUCUUCGCUUCGCAGACCGUGCUUCGGAUAGCUGCGAUGUGAACCUGCGUAGUGUGCUCUUUGAAGAGAACCUGGAUAAUGAGCUGUUGGAGCGUGUGGCGAAAUUGUUCACCGACGAGAAUAUUGCGCUGAAAACGCUAUUGCUUGUUCGCGGUCUGUUGCGCAACCGAAUACUGCUUUUUUGUCUCAGAAAGCGCUGGAACGUACAGUAUGGGUUGCACCCUAAGCGAGAUCCGAUGGCAGUGCCCUUCGAAGCAAAAGGCAUCCCUUCCGAGGAGGCUGAAUUCGGGCACCCUGACGCCGCGAUCCUUCUCACAUGCUUGGCUUUCUAUUACACCGGUCUCAGCCUGAUCCAGUUCCGUGAAGCUCUUCGUCAUGUUCUGGCAUCACAAGACCCUGCUAGCGAGUACGACAGAUGGACUAGCAGCUGCGAUUCGCUUCCGGAGGCUUUGCAUCACUGGAACGUUAUCAAUCCCGAUGACCAUGAUCAGUUCGACAUCAAGCUACAAGCUUCCGGAUGGGAUCUGCCCUUGUUCUCGCGAACGGAAUUCGGCAAGACACUCACACUUGCAAGGACUACUGGUUUUAGCGGCACCAACGACAACAAGAUGAUGCUACCUCUCACUAUUCAGCAGAGCGACCUGUCAAGUUUGCAUCAAACUAAUGCUGAAGUGCUUACUUACCUGCUGCAAGAACGAAACCGUGGAUACCAACUUGUAGCUCGUGCCGGAAAGCGACUAUCCGAGACAGAAUUCCUCACACAACUCAGGGAUAAGAAUAUUCGUAUUCUUAUCGAUUCUGGCGCCUACAUACUCGAAAUGGGUAACGAAGACUUAGUCAAGGCGUGGAUGGAUAUAGAUACUCAGCCACCAGCAGCUGUCUAUUUUGGUGCUGAUAAUCGAGCCUGGGUGCGAUACCGUGGUACCAAGGCGCGAGUCCCCCUUCUAGCGACGCCAUUCGCCGACAAUCUAGACAACUGUCUCGUGUACCUGGAUGAAGCGCAUACACGAGGCGUAGAUCUAAAACUGCCUCAAUACGCUUGCGGUGCGCUGACACUUGCUCUUGGGCAGACCAAGGAUCAUACUGUGCAAGCUGCUAUGCGCCUUCGGCAGCUCGCAACUACUCAAUCCAUUUGCUUCUUUGCAUUUCCAGAAACUCAUCAGUCUAUCCUUGACGUUUGUGGAAUGAACAAAGACGAUAAAGUCAACUCUUCUCAUGUCGUUAGGUGGCUGUUAGAACAAACGUGCCGUACGAAUGAACAGCUCCAAAAUCUAUACGUUUCCCAAGGUAUCGAUUUUUGUAACCGAGUAAAUGCAGAAUGGGAGAACGCAGCUUUUCUCUCUGAUGCUCAAGACAGGAUUGCAUAUGUUAGGGUGCUUCAGCAUCCUGAACAGCAAACAUUGGAGCAGCUAUAUGGAGGCUGCACGAAAGAUAUCCAUGGCCCAUCCUCUUUUACGACCAUGUUUCCGCAGCUUGAGACUUUCAAGAACAAAAUCAACCACCUGCGUCUGGGUAUGUCGAGCACCGCAAAUAUCCUUCACUCCACUGCGCUGGAGGAAGUAGAACAAGAACGCGAGGUGGAAUUUCAAGUUGAAGAAGUGCGUGAGGUGCAGAAAUCAUUGCAUUACAAAGCCCAUGCGUUCCCCGGAAUUCAUCCUGCCAUCUCUAGCUUUGCGAGUACUGGUCAUUUAUGUGGAGACGUGGGGUACGAGCACGUGUUUGAUGCUGUUUCACGCACUUCUAUCGGCGAGAGGUUUGGCAUCAAAGGAACAGAAUCCCGCUUGUUUGUUUCGAUGGAGUUCAUGAAGACGAUCAAGACUGAUAAACGCGGUUUGAUUGAUAACUUUCUGCGUCCGGUUGAAUGGAUUCUUUACAAUCCCAUCACCUUCGACGCACUCAUCAUCAUCGCCGAGGAAGCAGAGAUCGUGAUUCCCCAAGUUCGCACUCAAACAUCGCCUCCCAAAGUACAUCUUCUCACGUACUCAGCACCAGCCACUAAGAAGAUGCUACAUUUCAGCGACCUGCGAUACUACUCUGUACCGGCACUUGAAAGCAGACACAUCAUUCCGCAAAGCCUUACCAUUGAGCUUGGCAUCUUCGCAGGUGGGUUGUACAUGAAACACGAUGAAUGUGUUUCUUUAAUGAAGUACAUUGAUGACGCCAGCAUGAAUGGGCGGUCCAAUACAACGACCGGAGCAAUCAGCUUUAUCCUGGAGUGGAUUUCUCUUCGUCGCAGAGGUCAAGACAUUAUGCACACCCCGCUUGGCUACGUGUGCCAGGGUCGUCCGCUGGGUAUAGAGCAUGCGUUCUUCGUGACCAGCCGUCCUGUUGAUGCUGGUGUGGUCGAUUCAUACCGCACUAACAGAGCUGUUACUGAGGCACAAGAUGAUGAGGAUGAUGAGGACGAGAAGCAAUAUGACUUGGAAGAGAGCUUGCCCCAUGUUGCUCCGAGCUAA